AUGGGAAACCUGUGGUAUUCGUACCUAGACCCCUCGCAAUCUGCGCAUGAGAGAAAUUUUCAAAAUGGCUGUCUCGUUGGUGGAUGGAUUGAAGAUAUAAUUAUUUAUGUUAGGUUUUCCUCAAAUUAUGAAAUGUACAGAUCAUUAUAUGAUUACACAGGGAAAGAUAAAGGAGUUCUUCCUCUCCGUGUAGGAGAAAAGUUUCGUUUUAUCGAGCAACAUGAUGCUAACUGGUGGAAAAUGCGAUCUCAAAACGGGUCCGUUGGACUUGUGCCUGCUUGUUACUUGGAAGCUGUUGACAGGGUAUCGGUAAGACGAACUCCUUUCUGAUAUCUUGCUUGUGUCAUUGUGAAGUGACUUGUUUGUUGACAAUUAUUUACUAUUCAGUUUUUCCGGCAUUUUUACUUAUUUGGUUAUGUCGUGGAGAAUUUAAAUUUAGUUACGUCACUGUUUGCGUUUCUUAAGACUUGCCUUGCAAUUUAUUUCACUGCUUUAUACAUGCAGCGAUUUCAUACUAGUUCCGAAAUAGUUUGUAUGAAUGGAGCCGACGCGAAGCAUGCAUGGAUAAUCCGAUAUUGGGGCUGUACAGAAAUCUUACCAAAUUAAUUUAUAAAAUAACUAAGAUAGUAUGCGUGCUCUGAUUGGCUCCGAGAAGCAUUUUUCAGGACCUGAACAAUCGAUGCAAUCAAUAAUCAAUGGCAAUCGAUAACAAUCGAUGACAAUCGAUAUCAAUUAAUCGAAUCAUAUUGAUAAUCAAUGGACAAUCGAUCACGAAAAUGUUUGUGAUUAUUGAUUAUCAUUAUCAAUAUCAAUCGAUAAUCGAUGGGAAUCGAUCAAUUAACAUAAUAGAUUGUUAUCAAUAUGCAAUAUCAAUUGAUUACCUAUUGAGUCAAACACUUCAAUGGUCAAUUUCGGAGUACUAAUAAAGCUGCACAUUUUGAUAUCAUUGCUUUUUAUUUGGGAAUUCCGCACGGAAGAUCGAGGUGGAUGUGGGCGUCUGCACAGACAUAUAAAGAAAGAAGAAGAAAAAGAAAUAACAAUAAGCUUAAUCAUGUUUGAACAACGACUGCAUCCCAGGUCAGUUGAAUCUUUGCAAUGAACUCGAAGCUAAAUCGAUCAAGUUUGUACUACUGACAACAAGAUAUGUUAAUUGUCUUUGUGCUAUUUUUCAUGGAGCCAUAUUGAUGAACAAUUCUCAAACUUUGCUACUGAGGUUUAAAAAUAAUAUACAUUCUGCAUACAUUCCCUCAAUACCUGAAAAUACGGAGACAUGAAUUUUGUGCCAAUCGAUGGCAAUCAAUGAAGUUUGCGACCACCUAAGUGUGAUUAUCAAUUGAUCAUCGAUUGGUCGAUGCCAAUCGAUGCUAAUCAACAAUAACUAAUCGAUUUUCAUCGAUUGAUCGAUUGAUUUUCCGAUCUUCGAUUUUCAGCGAUUGUUCAGGUCCUGAUUUUUGCAUGAGAGUAUGUAAACACAGUAGUGAUCAGAUGUCAAGAUGUUUUGCUGUUUGCCGUGUAGGAACCUGCUUAUUUACUGGGGGUUUGGGAAUAAAAAUUAAUGGAAUGUCCCUACCUAAUCAACUUACAAGUAAGUGAGUCCUGAGCCUGCAAACUUUUGUGGAGUGUUGGACAAAAAAGCUAGAUCGUGGGAAGAUAGGGAAGAGAAUUUGCAUUCUUCACUGCCGUCCUUUGGGAGGCUUCCCACAGGCAAGUUCCUGUUUGAAUAAGAGAAACAUUAAUUAAAAACCCGUGUACCAGAACUUAGUUAAUGGGGAAAGAAAUUAUGCUACAGGGUUGUCAUUAAGAGCCGGGGGCCUGGGAUUUUCACCGGCUAAUAAGAGAGUGGCCCCUGGCUACUUUUAUUGGAAAAUAGAACAAAACUGGAACCAAAAGAAAUCCCUAGCCGUUUGAUUCCCUGCCUACUUGUUGUAUUUACCUGGCAACUUGAAAUCUCAGUGACAACCCUGAUGCUAUGUGUGUAUGUAGACUCAUUUCGUUUUGUUUUUUUUUUUUCAAAUUUGGUUUUUCGUAAACCUUAUAGGCUAACCCAAGUGAACAAAAAUCAGUUCUUGAGUCUAUUGAUCGAGCCAUUGAAGUUAUUCACUCACAAGCCACUCAUGCAGGUGGUGCGUACACACAUGAACAAAGAGCAAAUUUGAGGUUUGUAAUGAAGUAGUUCUUUUUUAUCAAUGUAUAUUAUAGAUGAUGAGUAUCUUGGCUUUGGGAUUUUUUCAAGUGGUCCAUCAGUUUGUAUAUCAUGCCCCACUUUAACCAUCUUAAUACAAGUAUUAAAAAGUAAAGAAAAAAUAAUAGGUGUGAAAUGUACUGUUAUAAAGUAACUGUUCAUUCAUGUAACAAGAAAAGCAUGCAAAGAAAGUAGUUGGUUUCCAAUAGCCUGAGGCUAGUUUAUUAAUUUUGUGAUUGGGCUGAUGAAUUCUCUCUUAACUUGCCCAAUGGGCAAGUGAAGUUUCUUUGGGGAAUUCAAAUUAUAGAAGUACUGUACGACAAAUAAAAAUUUGUUUAAAUUCCUAAUAAAUUCAUGUGGAUUGGAAGCUGUUUCUUAAGCUGAUCUAACAAAGUGAAAAUAUUGCAAUGAUUACCUAUUACAAUGAAUUAAUGAAGCAAAUAAUUAGCAAUUAGCAAUUAGCAAUUAAUAAAUGCAAUUAAUUUAUUCAUAUUAUAAAUCCUGCUCAUCAAAUUUUUCUUCCAGCUAGUCAUAAUGACUGAUCUCUGGCUAGCACAGAGGCUAGCUAAAAUUGACUGCUAAAACCGCUGUAAAACUGACUUUCUUUUAUAAACCUUGAAGAGUGCACUAAUGAAGUGCGGAGUUAGACUGCAUUACAAAAGCCCAGAUGAGCAUUUGUAUCUGAAAUCCGUUAUAAUUCUUAUGUAAUGCAGGAGAUUACUAGAACACAGAACACGUCUUCUCUCGGGGAAAGAAUCAAGGGCUUCAGAUGCUCAUCAUAGUGGAAUGAAAAGUAGCAAGCCUGUUGUUACAGAGUAUGACCCUCCUGCUCAGCCUCGCCGCCCUGCACCCACCCUACCACCACAGAAAGAUAAGAAAGACAAAACCAAGGAAUCCACAAAGAGAAGACCGGCUCCUUCAGUUCCUGUUUCUAAUGCAAACCAAACUGCUACAGAAACUCAAGGUUUGUUUACUAGAUAGAAAUUAAAGCAGACUCUAAUCUUUUCCCUUUUUUCUUCUGCUACUUCUAAUAGUAAUUUGUAAAUGGUUUAGUCAAGCUACUCACAGUUAAGAAUUGGAUUUCUGGCUGAUAUGCAUGAACUUUGAAAUUUGAAUAUUAAUAAUUGCUGAAAUUACCUCAUAUUAGGAAACAUCUAAGGCUGAUAUUUUAUACAAGGGUGUUUUGCCCUAUUAAAUUUUAGAGGUAACGAGGAGUUGACCUAUUGUUGGCAAACAACAGCCAACAUUGUUGGAUGUUAGUAACAUGCUGCAUCUGUUUGCACACCCUGUUGCAUGUUGUUGCAACAUUGUUGAGCCAACAACAGCCAACAUUGUUGGAUGUUAGUAACAUGCUGCAUCCGUUUGCACACCCUGUUGCAUGUUGUUGCAACAUUGUUGGGCCAACAAUGUUGAGAGUUGUUGUGUCCAUUUGCACGUAGCUUAAUGACCCUCCCCUCCCCCUCUCGUGUCUGUAUAGAACUGACUUGUCCCCAGUCAUCUAUUAUUGUUUGUAGGCGGUUAUAGAUCAGUCGCACAAGACUAGCUUGGCACCUUAGCGUAGUAGGAGAGAGGGGAAAGGAGACCCAAGGUAGCCUAUUUUUCCUCCUCACUACUAAGCGACAUAGUUGUUAAAGAGAGACGAAAUUGACUCCUGUUUUUUUUUUUUGAGAAGUUCAUUUAUUUCUUACACUUGAGUCUGCAGACAAAUCUGUAAAUGUAUCGUUUAUAUCAACAUCAUGCUGAUCAAUAUUGUAUGAGUACUUAUAUUCAUGGACUUUCUUAGAAAGCCAGUCUAGUGGUGAAGAUCAAUCUACUUCUUCUGUGCCUCCUGUUCCUCAAAGAAAUGACCUGGCACCUGUUAAGGUACGCGCCGGACUUGCUGCCGAGCUGCUAGAAUUGCUCAGAAUCAAGUGAGUAUGUAAUAGAAGUCGUUAGCACUAUGACAAUAUUACUUUAAACUUAGGUGAAAUACUUCUUUAAAAACUGCAUUUUUCUCCAACAGUCUUCAAUCAGUGUGACCUUCAAUAAGAAAUUACAUUGAACAUAAGUUUACAAAUGAGCUGGUUUUUUUCCCUUUUUUUUGUAUUCGUAGACAGAAACUUAGUGCUAGUCCUAGUGAUGUCCAAGGGAGCUGACUGACAACAUUACAAUGAAUUCAUGUCUUAGGAAUGUUUUAUGAUUAUUGCAUGUACAAAUGAAGUGUUGUAACAUCUAAAUUUUCCUUUAAUGUUAGUCUUUACACCAGGCCAUUAAGUAAGACUUAAGAGCUGCUUAGUUUUACUUAACCAAAGAUACGUGUGUUAUUUUACAUUGCAUCUCAUUAAUGUCACAAAGUUGAAACGAUUCAAGAAAAGUUUCAAGUGACUUGAAAACCAUUCUUAAAACUGACUUUGCCAUCUUGUGGUUUCUUGAGCUUUGAGAAAGACAAAGCAUGUCAGUCAAUCUUAAUUAUAUUGUGUGAGAAAAUAGCCCUUAAGAUAACCUGAAGUAAAAAAGAAUCUCUUAUGUGUGCAGCUUUAUUUUACUUGAAGUAUUUAAAAUUUAUUUUUCUUGAAAUAUUUCUUCUCUUAUUUAUGCUCGAUUGUAAAGACUACCAAUAAAAAGUGACUAAAAGUAACAAGGAGUUCUUUAAAUACAGUACAGGUCUGAGUUAUGACAAGUCUCAUGUUGCUGUAGAAACAGUGGUAACACAUCUUCAAAUUUCCAUACCAUCAAUAUCAGAUGCUAUGACACAGAUUUUACAAGAUCUCGCGCAGCAGAAGGUCAGUGGAGCUUACAGAUACAUAAUUAGGGAGCUUAAGCAAUGGCGAUGGUGAUGUCAACGAGAAGGGCUAAAAAGCAAUAGGUUUAGAUUGGCAAAACAACAACUUUGCACGUGGAUCACGUACAUUUCUCUGCCAUCACUGCAUGACUACGACACAUGGAGCUUUUUAAUUUUCAUGUUUUGUGGGACAUAAACACAAGUCCACGGAAUGAACAUUUUGUGCUAGAAAUUAUUCAGCACGAACCAGCUAUAGAGUCUUAAAUAAUUAAAAUUUCCAUUGAAAUUACUUUUAUCUCUAGGAAUCACGCAGUGAAGAUGAGGAUGCGUUGCUUCAAACCCAUGAUGGACAGCAACUCAUUGGAAUUCUUGAUGAGUUAACUGAACACAAGGAAGAUUCACAGCAAAGAACCUGGGCUGUUCAUGAAGAUGAGGGAAUUCUUCACAAGCUGCUUAAAAAUUUGCUAAGCAUACUGGUCAGUAUUUUAACAGAGUAAAAAAAGGAACUCAAGGCCCUGCAUGAGGCUACAUUACAUAAUGUUUGUAAAAAUAUUAAAAUUUUGCUUUGUCUUGCCCAACAUUAAAAUGGCAUUACCCUACAGGUUCAAAUCUGUGCCUUACUUUAUAACAUGUUUCACUUGUGGGUUGAGUUUGUUGUCAGUUCUCUUCUCUGCUCCGAGAGGUUUUUCUCCGGGUACUCCGGUUUUCCCCUCUCCGCAAAAAAAAAAAAAAAACCAACAUUUCUAAAUAAUUAUCCGGAACAUGUUUAAUACAUUUGGGAGAUUGGGACAUGCAUGGCUUAAAUAAAAUUAAUUUAAUUUUGAUUUUUAAUUUUUUUUAUUUUUUAUUUAUUUUUAAAUUAAUUUAAUUUUUUGACCAUGGUUUGUUUUUAUAUUUGAUCUUGGCUUUUGCUCUAUUCUAACAUAGUGAUUAUUAACACUGGCAAAUUACUGAAUAGUAUUUGAAACAUUUUAUCUACGAAGACAUUGUGUGUGAGAGAAUGUGACUCAUGGAAUAACGAUUCAGCCUUUGCUCAGAUAUUUUCAGUGACUCUAAAGAGAUGUAAUUAAAAUAAAUGAAAUACAAGCAGCAGUUGUGAACACCAUUUAAAUCUUUGAAUCGUUAGUACCUCCUUUAAAUUGAAACCUUUCCCUUUAGCUUCAAUGAUUGUAUUGAAAAAAUGUAAUAAAUUAUCCCUUUCAAGGAAGGGCCAUGUCAGAAACAGUUCUGCACAACACAAGCAGGUUUCGUGGGAUUCUAGAUCAUGAGUGAUUGACCAUGUCUAUUUCUUUUGUUAUUCUAGCUGGAUGCCGACCCCACUGUCUGUAGAGCUGUACUAAGACAAGAUGACUAUGAAUACAUCAAUAUGCUUGUUGUCUACUUUCAAAUGGUUAGUUCUUUUAGUUAGGCACCUUCUUGCCUAAAUUGAAAAAUAUAACAAAAAUUAUAUAACUUGUUCAGAUAAAUAAUGUAAUUUUGGUUUGGAUGCCCUACAGUAUUGGUAGUGAUAAUAAUAGUGAUAAAGAUAAUGACUUUUUUAUGAUGAUUUUGCUGUUAAUGAACCCUGCUAGUUUGUGUGAAUGGUCUAAAUGACUGAAAGUAUAGAUUUAUUUCUGUUAAAAAACAUGGAUUCCAUCAACACCAUCAGGAGUGUGUUUUUUAUUCUGCAGGCACGCUCAUAGCCUGAUUCUCAGAUACCCAAGGUGGUCACUGUCGUGCUAUAAAGAGCUCCUUCAAACUUGGCGGCCCCUUGACAUAGUUUUUGGGUUUUUAGUCCAUAGUGCCUCAUUUUUUUUUUUUUUGCUGGGCAUUUAGUAGGCUUCAUUUUGGUGGGAAGAGUUUUUAGAAAGCUUUUAGGAUCUUAGGAUUAGGUGAAAGGAAAGGUGUGGGUAAUGGAAAAGAUUUUGUGAGAUUUUCAGGUCCUUUUGGGCUUCUUUCUCCGGUGGCUUAAUUCUGGUAUGGUUUAUAUUACAUGUUUUCUGAUUCACAAAAAAAUAUUAACUGGAGGUUCUUUUUACAGGUGUCCUUUGGUUUAAGUACAGGUCAUUACUAUGUUACAGAUUUAAGUAGACAUGACCGAAGUGUAUCCUAACCCUAAACAGUAUAAUCCAAAAUGUAAUGGUAGAUUGAAGGGAAACAGUUUGGCUUUAUUAGUUACUUAUUGAUAAAACAUGGUAAGACUGAAACUUCCUUUCACUUUUAUGCCUAGCUUUAUCUGUUGAAGUAGAAUUCUGACUAUUAAUCUAUUGCUUUAUAUUUAUGUUUCCAGGAACAAAGGCAGUCACUGCGUGAACAGUUGAUUGAAAUAUUUGGCAGCAUGUGUGGUUUGGAGAAAGAAAUGUUAUCACAACUGUUGUGUUCUGUCUUACCUGCAGAGCUAGCAAUAGAGGCUAUGAACAAAAAGGAGGGUAAGUAAACAAAUGACUGUAACCUGGGAAAGGUUCCAGCGAUAAGGAGUGACAAGAGAUGGCUGUAUUUGAAGCUAAGGACCAUUACCAAGCUUUUAACAGGACAAGGCAAAAAUAACGUGUCAGCCCCAAAGGCUAGAACCUUUUGUUUAUUAUAUUAGUGGAUGGUGGGUCGAGCAUUUUACAUUAACCCUUCAAAACAUUAUUAGUGAGCUUAUGCGACAGGAUGGCAGAAACUAGGGGAUAGCAAAAUGUUUGUGUGUGACAAAUGUGACAAGGCUAUUAGUUGCAUAAUUGUUAUGAUUUUUUUUCUAACAUUACAACUAGUUUUGGUGUGAAGUUCAGUUUAAAAUGGCUAAGAUUGGCAGAAUAUUUUUUCAAGCAAGCAUUGCUGUCUUCUCUCCUCUGUCAUCCUAUUAUAAAUUAUUCAUUAUGGCCUGACUUAAGUUGUAUACAAAUUAAGUGCAAACUACUCAAAAAAAUUGGAUAUUUCACAUGUAAGGUUUUUUUUGUCUUUUAAGAUGCUGUGAUACAGUGUCACUGUGCUCUGCUGUUGACUAUGAUCUUUUCCACCGGAGAAUCAGUUCCAUUUACCCUUUAUGGUGAGUCAAAAUGAUUGUACAGCCUGUAACAGGGCUUGAAGUUAACUUUUACAAACUUGCAAAGGGCAAGUGGUUUUGGAAGUUGCAAGCCAAGUGUAUGUAUUCUCUGAAAUGUUUGGAAAUAAGGGUUUCUCCAAUAGAAAUUUGAGAAAGAAGGUAAACGUUUACGAAGAUUGCUGCAGCAAAGUCUUAUAGUGUCACACAUUAAAUAAAUUUUUAUCAUGGACAAAGAAAGUAGUUAUUUCAUGGCAGCCACUGGCCACACGGCUGUCAACUCUCCCGGAUAAUCCAGGAGACUCAAGAUUUUGAACCAUUUCUCCUGGUCUCCAGUUUAGAGUCUGAAAUCUCCCGGAUAAUCGCUGAAGUUUACCAUUUCUUGUAGAUUCCACUUUUGCAAAAUGAAAUUUCAAAUAUUUUGCCGUAUUUGAUAUAUUUUACUGUUAACGUUGAACUUUUCCUCACAAAUUCUGGUAUGCCGUUGUAAUAUAAGCAAUCAGUGUGAUUGGUGGGAAGUAAACCAAUUAGGUCAAAUGUUACAAUUCCAACAACAUCUUUUUCGCGCGUAUCUUUUUACAAAUGACGUCAUGUGCCAUGCCUUAUUUUUUAUUUAUUUAUUUUUAUUUAGUUAGUUUUUUCUGACGUCAUCUAUCCUCCCUUCCCCAUCAGUUCUCAAUAUUUGAAGGCGUGGGGGGUUGACAGCCCUGGGCAAUCAGUUUUAUGUAGUUCUAACCUAUGGCAAUCAGUUUUCAAUGUUGUACCCAAUUCGGGAUAAACUUUGUGUAUUGCAUUUGCAUUAUAAUGUACAUUUAAAUGCUGGAAAUUCCUGAAACAAAACGUUUUAUUCCCAAAGGGUUUGACUUGGGGAGGUAUAAACACAGACUUGGAGGUAAAAAAAGAAAAUUUUUUAUGCAAUUGUGGCCUUUUUUUAGUUCUUGUGUGAAGAUGUAUUUAAAAGAAACCUGCCUCCAUCAAGAAGCCCUUGAAGACAAUAAAUUUGCUUCUUUUGCUAGUAAACUGAAAAUAAGUUUGAGAUCUGGAUUCAUACUCAUGUUUCUAUUCAGUCGAUAACUGAGGAGUCAGCCCCUCAGUCUUCAGUCCCUUGAGGAGGAAGGAUUAGCGCAGUUGGUUAGUGCGCGGGCUUCUGUGUGGGAGGUCCCGAGUUCGAUUCUCCGGUGCAACCUCAAAUCCUUCUUGUGACGUCUUUGCUUUUUGUGUAGCGUUAAGUGGAUUUAAAUACCCAUAAAACGGAAAACUGAAAUCCUUGGCCACACUUUAAAAUGGUCAACUGGUUGCCUCCUGCCAGUUGGGGCUUUUUAAACCUGUUCCAUUCUAUUUUGGUUAUAUACUAAUAAAUUAUUUCAAAUUGUUUGAUUGGAGGGCCUGUAAACUAGCUGGAUAUUUUAAGCGUAGUGCACUUUCCACUAUAAACUGAACAAAGCUUUAACCUUUAUUUAAAGCUUUUGAAACUUUCUUUAAAUCUUUUCACAGACCAGAUAGAUGAUUCAUUUGUCGAUUUCCUUAUCGAUGCCAUUGAAAAUGCAGCAGAUGAUGAAGAAGGCGAACAGUUAGUAGACACCUUUGUUCCUCUUAUCCUGGCUUUUAACCAACACUUUGUAGGUAUGAACAAUAUGAAAUUUAUCAUCAUUUUGGCAAUGUAAUAUGUUCCUUGUAGUUAUAAAAUGAAGUAAUGCUUUACCUUGCCCAUUAAUGUCUGUAGCAUUUUGUGACUUUGGGAAGCUAGCAUUUACCCUCUCAACAUACUAACUUACUAAAAGCACUCUUUCCAGCGAUGUCACUUGUUUUUCGGUAAUUGGUCCAUGUCAAAAUUUAAAAACAUGAAACAGUCACUGCUAUUGUUAGUUGACUACUAGUAAUCUCUCAUAUUUUCUUCAGGGAUGACAAAUUUCAUCGCAUUUGAUCCCAUACUGACCAUGUUAAAAGGUUUUAAUAUUUAAAAAAAUUCCGGUCUCUAAUAAAAUUUUUAUUGAUAGUUAACAGUUGAUUAGCUUAUUAUCCUCAAAACUAACAAGAUCAGUCUUCCUAAGGUUAUUGUCCUUAAUAAAUUAUUUUUUUUCGUUGUUAUUUUUUGACAGAUGUCGAUAGCAAUAUUGUGAUAAGGGUGUUAGCGUCCCGCAAAACGGCCAAAACUUUGAGUGAAAAAAUUAUGUUGCUGAUUAAUAGAGAAGGUUGGUACAUGAUAAAACAAAGUACAUUAUCCUCUCAAAACCAUGAAUAAUUCCAACAGUCACUGACAAAAAAGAUUUAUAUUUAAAUUCAUGUGAAUUAAUUGUGUCAGUGUGGCCAAGCAGUUAAAGCGCUGGAAUAAAAUCUACAUCUACAUUUAUUAAGUUGAUAAAAUCUUGUAAGACAUCACAUCAACAUAAUAAUAGUAAUCUGGAGGCAUUAAGUUCAAAUGCUGCCCUCACCACUACCUUGAUUUGUUCUCGGUAGUCCCAAGUUCAACCCCGAUCUUAGGUUGCGCUUGUCAGAGGCGUAGCUACUUGUACACAUGGUAUGCACUUUUGUACCUAAAAAAGUUGACAGGAAAAAUCAAAUGAUAUAAUAAAAAAAGUGAGUAAUCAAAUGAAAUUCAUAAAAGAUAAUGAUUAAAAAAAAAACAGUUUCACAGAAUGCUUUUUCCACACUCGAAUGUCGGUUUCCAGAGAGGUGACGAGAUUCAUUGGUUGAAUAAUCUUAAAUCAUAUGUAUGAUACCUUGAAAUGAUUUGGGGUUUUGAGGUGGGCGGGGGAGGAUGGGCAAAAUUGUGUGCGUACCUUUGGAAAAAUCUUGGCUAUGCUCGUGCUGGUAAAUAUAGCCAUUCAAAUGGUUUGCCUCUGGCCAGUUGGGAUUCUUAACCUUGUGGGCCACAAUGAAAAAUACUGGCUAACCAGUAAUUAUUAUUGUGUUACCCUAUAAAGUCACCUUUUUUACAUUUUAUUUUAUUUUUAUUUUUUACCAUAACCCAUUCACCCCUAAACCGCACUGUGCAGAUCCAUGUCCCUUGUACUGCUUGCAAGCUAAAGGUCAUCAGUUUAAAAUUCGUGGACAACCUUUUUAUCACUGUUGGUGGUCAAGUGCUUGCCCUCCACUGUGUCAUUCUGUUCAGUUUACGUCAUCACUUUCGUCACAUUUGCUGAAACCUCAUUGUUGUUUUUACAGAGGACCCCACAAACCUGUUUUCAUAUCCCAGAGCAUGCCCUGACUCUGUGCUGAAGUUUCUAACCGAUAUCUUUUCUUCACGGGACACUGCUGAUUUUUUCUACACCUCUGAUAUGAUGAUUCUCCUAGAGAUUGUCUUGAGACAACUAACCGAUCUUUCUCCAGGGGCAGGGGUAAGUAAAACAAUAACAACAUCGACUCAUUGUAAUUUGAAGCAUUAAUUUGCAGAUCCUUGUAAAGAUUCUAGGAAACUGCCAACCUACCCCUACCAUAACCAAAUGUUAACACUAACUUCUCGAUUAGGGUAAAAUGUUGCAUUAGGGGAGGGGUAGGUGGCAGUUUCCCAGAAUCAUACUUAUCCAGCUUUGCAAACAAUCAUGCCAGGCUGUGAGUAAAGUUCUCUGUUUAAUGUCUUGGAGUUCUUAGACACAAGAGACGAAAGGACUGAUACACCUUAAAAUACUAUUUAGACUGCUCAAUACCUUCACUUUGAAGCAUUAACACCUGUCCAACUAUAAAUUAAACGAAUUUUUUAUAAGAAAACUGAAUUUGCCAGUGACAUCACAUGUUUAUUUCAAAAUAGAGUGAUGGUUCUGCUAAAAAUUAUGCUAAUUUAAGACAAAUCUCUAUUGAGGGGCCAACCCUUAUCAAGCAGCCACUUGCCAAUCCCUAGUGUGGCCGCUAAAUAGAAAUUCAGCUGGUUUUUGUUUGUCUUUGCCUGAAUGAGCUUCUGUUGGAGGGCAGAAAUACUUUUUCAGAUCAUCAUUAUCCCUGUCAUCUCCAUCGCAUCAUCAUCAGCUUCAGAAUCAACAUGUUAUCCUUCUCUUCAUAACCAACCACUUAGCCUGAAUUUAAUCCGAUUACUUCAAGUCGCUAUUACUGCCUCAGUUUCCCUGAAUUUAUUACUCCCUCAGUAACUGAGGGAGUAAUAACGACUUGAAGUAUGUAAUCGGAUGAAAUUCAGGCUACCAACCACUGUCAUUGUUUUCAUCAUUAUCAGCUAAAAUCUGAAAUACUUUUAUUAAGAUGUCUCAUGAAUUUAAGUGAUUUUAUUGUCAUAAUGUAUGCAUUUUUUUUCUCUUUCUGUAGAUGAGAACUGAAUAUAUAUCAUUGCUCCACCAAAUCCUGCUUAAUUCUAAUUACAGUGAACACAAACAUCAAGCUAAGGAAUUGAUGAUUUGUCUCACAAGAAUUAGCGAAGAAGAAGACAAGGAGAGUGAACAAGACAAACUCAUCGUACAAGAAAUACUAAAAAAUUCCUCAAAAUAUUUUUAACUGUUUCCUAUUGACAGAUCUUGUUUGGUGACUUCUCAAUAAUUUUAUUGAAUCCUUUAAGUGUGAGAGCUUAAGCAAAGCCAUUUUUUGGGCAGUAAAUGGCAACUGGACUUUUUGCAUUUUUGGGCUAUGAUUUUGCCUAAGUUUUCAGGCAAAUAAUCUCUGCAAAGAGUAAAGACAAGUAGCAAUACAAAUUAAUAUGGUCGUGUCAAGGCAUGUAAAAAAGGGAAAAGCAGCCUCACUUCCAGUUAGCAUGCAUUGCUCAAAACUCCCACAGCUUGUGUUUAAGUUUGCUAUUUAAUUCUAAUUCUUGAUUCGGUUUCAAAUCUAUGGAUUCCUCUUCCCCCUCCCCCUUCUUCCCCUUUUUAGCUCUCGCUCCAACUUUCAUGCAAUACAUUUGUAACUCUUACAGAAACCUGGCUAUGCAGGCUAGUGAUGAAGCUGCAAGGGUUUUGUGCUAGUAGAACAAUCGCAAAUGUACCAUUCUAGAAGGGAAAGGAUUAAGUAAACAUAGCUGUCACUUCAUAGUUGUAACCAUUAAUUUCAAUUAAACCUAUUGAAUCAGUACUUUCUUAACAGCAGCUGAUGAGAGUUUCCUCUUUCUAUUAAAAUAUUUAGCAGCAUGCAAGGAAUUUGGAAAAAGCAUGAAAAUUAAUGUACAUUCAAUAUUUUGGCUGGAUAAGAAAUAUUUCAUGUUGCCAGUUUAUAUGAAAAGAGUUAUAUUUAUUGUGUAAUAUUUUCCAGUGUUAAAAUAAUAACUAUUUGCAGCAAAAUAUAUUUUGAAGAUUGUAUUGUGUCUUUUGACAAAAGAUGUGACAAGUUUGUCAUUCCAGAAGCUUGCUCAUACCUUUCAUUGGUAGCACAAAGUUUUACUUAGAAAAUAAAAUUUUAAUGACACUUGUAAAAGUUGUGAAACUGCUUUUGAAAACAUAGCUUGUGAAUCUUGGCUAGUCUGACAAGUGACCAAUCAAAUACCUUUCUCAUAUUUCUGUACUUAUGUAUCAGCUUACUCUAUGUCUUUUUUGCACUCUUGCCAAGAUUCACAAAUAAUUUAUGUUCAAAACACAUAAUUCUGGAGUUUAGACACAGUCAAACAGGAAGAGCUGGCAGGAUCAGGACUUCGAGAAUUGACCAAGUACCAUUAGAACCGUGGAGGCAUGUGUGGCCGAGUGGUUAACACCUCAAACUCUGGAUCUGGAGGUCCAGGGUUCAAGCCUGGCCUGUGGCGUUGUUCCCUUAGACAAGGAACUUUAGUUUGUCUCUCUUCACCCAAGUGUAUAAAUGGGUACCAGCGAUAUAGUGCUGGGGGUUAACCCUGCAAUGGACUAGCAUCCCGUCCAGGGAGGAGUAGCAAUACUUCUAGGUAUGCUUCAUGCUAAUGAAACAGGGAUAAGCUCCACCCAUUUGGACCUUUGGAUCAUGUGCACCUUUACCUUUUACCUCACCAUUAGAAGUGUCAAGACCUGUAAGAUGCAGCGAUACCACACAAAUGUUAUUUUUUACUUCUUUUUGCAAGUGAAAUACAGCAAUGGAUGUG